AUGGUGGCCUGGAGGAGAUGGUGGAGGAGCUCAACAGCGGGAAGGUGAUGUACGCCUUCUGCAGGGUGAAGGAUCCCAACUCCGGCCUGCCCAAAUAUGUCCUCAUCAACUGGACUGGCGAAGGCGUGAAGGACGUGAGGAAAGGAGCCUGCGCCAACCACGUCAGCACUGUAGCAAACUUCCUAAAGGGGGCUCAUGUCACCAUCAACGCGCGCGCGGAGGAGGACGUCGAGCCCGAACUCAUCAUGGAGAAGGUCGCCAAGGCCUCUGGGGCCAACUACAACUUCCACAAGGAGAGCAGCAAGUUCCAGGACUCGGGCCCUCAAGCUCCCGUGGGCUCUGUCUAUCAGAAGACGAAUGCAAUGUCCGAGCUCAAGAGAGUCAAUAAAGAUAAUUUCUGGGCCAAAGCUGAGAAAGAUGAAGAAAACCGCCGGCUGGAGGAGAAGAGGAGAGCGGAGGAGGAGCGGCAGCGGCUAGAGAGAGAGCGUCGGGAGCGAGAGCUGCAGGAAGCGGCGGGGCGAGAACAGAGAUAUAAAGCGAGAUCCAAUGAAAUCGAAGCCCAGAAGAGACUCCAGCAGCAGCAGGAGGCAGAGAACAGGGACAGGGAGCAGCAGCAAUGGAAGGAGCAAGCCGAGGAGUACGAGGCCAGGCAGCGGAAGGGCUUCAAGAGAAGUGAAUCGGUGGAGAAAGCCCAGGAGGCUGCGUCGCUGAUAGCGCAGAGGGCGGUGAACCCCCGGGACAUCUUCAAGCAGAGGGAGAAGUCGGUGCCGGCGGACACGGUGACGGCUUCCCAGCCAGGCAAGCUUCGCAGCCCUUUCCUGCAGAAGGAGGUGAAUUCUGUGCCAAGUCCUGCCUCUCCUGUCUCUCCUGCCCGGGAUGCUCCCCCAGCCUCCUUCACCCCCUCCUCU